UUGAACAACAAGAUGUCCGCAAACUUCAACUCUAAUUCUAUUUUUACUAUGGCUUUUAUCUGGCAUUUUUUACAAUUACAACACGCUUUUCUCGAACCUAUGUAAUUAUAAUACAUCUUGCAGGCAAAGAUAGUUUUUAUGGAGAAAAUAAUUACAGUAAAGCAAGAACCAGUAGAUGAUAAUGUUAUACUCCAGUCAUUUACUAUACCUUCAACAAACACAGACAAUACACAGUUACUGGUAACGACCAAUCAGGAGACAGCGCGAGAUAAGGGUGGUGAUGUGAAGGGUGAAAAUGUUUCUAGUACUGGGAGUGUUGCUAUUACUACCAAUCAAGUUCCUGGGGUGCCAAAAACAACAGCAGUGCCAAUACCAAUAGUAUCUACUAUGAAUCAGCCUAUAUCUCCUAUGGUUGUCAUAUCAGGGAGUCCUGUCAAGUUGACACAAAUAAGACCUAGCAGAUCAGUAGUCUCAGGCUCUACUGGGCAGCUAAGUGGUGUACAGUUACAAGGACAGGGGAUUAAGGGGAAUGUCAGGUUUUUUCAAGUACAGAAUGUCAACCCUACAUCAAAACAACCAAUUUCAGUUAAAUUAACUGGAUCGCCCAGUAAACAGGGUCAAACACAUCAACUACAAAAGGUUAUACCUAUCAAUCUAGCAACAACAGGGAAUCAAGUUGUUACAUCUUCACAUAUUACUAUGGCAACAAGUGGCUCUGGUGGUGCCACAGUGCGCUCUAUUGCUCCAAAAAUGAAUAUUGCUCCAGCACCAACUAUUUCUCAAACCAUUCAGCUGGCACCAAAACCACAAGUAACAGCAAACCUUGGACAAGGCCAACAACAGCGGUUUAUUAUCCCAGCGAUUGCACCUAAUAUGUCAACAGGAAACAAUAUACAAUUCCCUCAUGGUGUAAUAAGUGGUGGUGUUGUUUACUUACCCCAGCAAGCAAUAGCAUCAGGGGGAUACCCCAUUGCUGUUCCAUUAUCAGCUAAUGCAUUCCCUGAUAACCAAACAAAUACAUCAAUGAAUGGUACUUCACCAGAAUCUUCACCUCCCACCAGACCUCGCAAACCUUGCAACUGCACCAAGUCACAGUGCCUUAAGCUGUACUGUGAUUGCUUUGCACAAGGAGAGUUCUGUAGUAACUGUAAUUGUAUCAACUGCUUCAAUAAUAUGGAACAUGAGAAAGAAAGGAGUAAAGCAAUUAAGGCUUGUCUGGAACGCAACCCUCAUGCAUUUCAUCCAAAGAUUGGAAAAGGAAAAGUGGGAGAAUCUGAACGACGACACAACAAAGGAUGUCACUGUAAAAGAUCAGGCUGCUUGAAAAACUAUUGUGAAUGUUAUGAAGCCAAGAUUUUAUGCACCAGUUUAUGUAAAUGUACUGGGUGCAAGAACUUUGAAGAAAGCCCAGAAAGGAAAACAUUGAUGCAUUUAGCAGAUGCUGCAGAGGUUCGUGUGAAUCAACAAAAUGCUGCAAAGACAAAGCUUGAGUCCCAAAUAGAAGAUCUGCCGACUCGGCCAUCAAUCAAAACAAGCUCUGGAGAAAGGUUACCUUUCUCAUUUGUGACCAAUGAAGUUGCCCAAGCUACUUGUCAGUGUCUUGUUGCACAAGCUGCAGAAGCAGAAAAAAUGGGGCUGUCACCUGCAAUGACAGAAAAAAUGAUUCUUGAAGAAUUUGGACGUAGUCUUUUACAGAUUAUACAUACAGCAAGUAAAACCAAAGCACAGCACUGAUGCAUCUACAAGCAGAAGUAUAUACAUCCCGUUUAGUUUUACUCACCGAUAUCAAAAACAUCGCUCUACAUAACGUUGUAAAUUCCCUUGCUAAUAACUUAACAGCCUCAAGAGGAUUUGGUUGGCCAAUCUCGGCUAACCCUGCUUUAGUUUUAUAAAUACAAGUGUAUAUAUCCAAUGAUAUGAGGGUCUUGAAGGCCUUUGUUUAAAUCACUGUUUUAAAGUGAUGACCUGUCGGGAGAUUGUGAUUGCUCAAGUAUGUUGUUUUGUCUGCGUGCGUUGUUGUCUUUAAGGCGAAAUCCCUCUUGUAUCAGAAAGGCAUCACUCCAUCUUCAACAUGACGGCGUGCGUCACAACAGGAACUUGCUUACGUGUAGCUUUAAUUUCUAAUCCAAUCAUAAUCGAUGAGGUCUGGUCCAAGUGAGAUGAUCGUUAGAGAAAAAAAAUGCACGAAAAAUGAAACACAUGGGAUGAUCAGUAUACGAUGACAAUGUAUGUAGGGGAGGGGUGGGGCAGGGGGUGUCUGUGACCUUCGUGACCCCUUCCUCCCCCUCUAGGAAGUCUUUGAACCAAAACGAUYCAUCUACACUGUACAAUGCUUAAGAUAAGUUUUUAACCAUCAAAAACCGGAAGUCAUGUUACUGUAGGUUAGAAUAUCUUUCUAAGUCAACAUUUAUCAGUAAGAAUUCCAGCUAUUGGUGUCUGUACCCAGUACAGACCGUGAUUCCCUGCGCCCUAGAAUAGAUGUCAAACCAUGACGUUAUCAAGUCGGUCUUUUAUUGUACUGUACAAUCAUUUUUAGCUGUAAUUAAUGCUGCUGGGUUUAAGCUUGUUAUAUAAUAUCCAUGCAGAAGUAUAUUAACAAACUACUAUAACAUUUUA